AUGUCCAGAAACAGCGAGUCCGCCGAAUUACCCAGCCCCCGAGCACUCCUAGAGCCAGGAACACCACCAAAGAAGCAUACCAUCUUCAACUUCAACGCGACCAACUCCAGCUUUGUACCCGGCUACUCCGUCCUCCGCGUGGAACAAGCUCAGCACAUUUCCCACAAUAACAAAACGCAAUUAAUGAACACCAUCGUCGACGACAUAGUCGCAACGGUCGGCCUGAUAAACGAAUACCACAACAACGGCAUACUGAGCGACGACAACAUUUUCCAAGUCUCCACGAUGAUGCAAUGCAUCGGACACAGCAAUGUGAAGGUUCAGGGGCGGUGGGAGGAGGAGAUCGAUAGUCUCAGGAGAGACCGUCGCCAGCUACGACAGGAUUACCGGGACCUGGCGCGGCAGAUGGAUGCCAUGGGCCAGAAGUAUGCGGGCAAGGUCAAGGCUUUGGAGGGUCAGGUGAAGUCGUUGAAGGAACGGCUUGCCUGGUUGGAGGCAGGUGGCCCACUGCGCCAGUCACAGAGCCGGCUGGAUGGGCAUGUUGAUCGCGGUUGUGUCUCUGAGGAGGUGGUCAUGGUUGAGACUUGUGAUGAGCAGGAGCGGAUAGGCGAGGAUGGUGCCGAUGGGGAGUGGAAGGACGAAGGUAUCUAG